ACAUGUUGCUGCGUGCCUUUUAUCCCGACCCUCUCUCUGACCACAGUGGGCACCAAACGGCACCCUCGCCUCUGCAAUGCCGCCGCACUGGCACCUCCACAUCCACCCGUAAACCUUGCUUCUUUAAUUGACCUUUUUCUCUCUUUUUUUGGACCAAGAAGAAGCGGUCAGCUAUGGAAUAAUUACCAAACGAGGACCGGUGGAAAACUAACUGAAUUUCCUAUCGCUUUUUGGGUGAAAUCAAAAGGAUUCUGACUAAAAUAACGGGGCGCUUGAACAUGGCUGACGGGGCCAAAACCGCCUCCGGUGGCUCCACAGCUGGUUCUGUGAAAUCCAAAGUCGGAGUGGUACUGAGCAAGCUGCGGCUGUCCAUGGAGCUACUCAUCGCCCUGGCUGCCUUCUUGUCCUGGCUGGUGGUGGGCGUGGUCAUGUUUGACUUUGUGGAGUACAAGGCAGUACCUGACAUUCAGCAGGUGGUGUCAGACCCGGUCCAAGCCGUGCAUGAUGCAGUGGAGGAGGUGUCCAGUCUGGUCAACAAGUUCCAAGAAUGUGCGCCUGACCUAAGUGACCCCAUGUCUGCAGCCGCGUACGCCGUGGAGGAAAUAGCGCAAGCAAAAGAUGGAUUUGUGCAAUACUUGUCAGACGAAGAAGGGAACUUUUACCUGAGCUAUGUUGACCCGGUGGUCUUUGGCAGAAGACUUUUCCAUUCAACCGACGACUGCGUGUGCGGCGUGAUGGCGUCCAUCAGGGACGCUCUGUGUGCCGCCGUGGACGGCGCGUGGGCCACCGUAUCGUACUUAAAAAUAGGAACAAUGGACAUGAGCUUCAUGGAUCCAGUAGGGUUAGGCCGAGGCGUCUUCUUCAGCAUCAACGACUUCAUGUGUGGUUGGAUGACCUCCAUCCAGAAGUUCUUUUGCGGCAUCUUGGACUCUUUUCUGGAUCUCAUUAAAGGAACUGUUGACCUCAGCGUUUUGGACCCUGUGGCGUUAGGUAGAAAUGUCAUCAUGGCCACGAACGACACCAUCACUAAAGCCUCCAGCAGCCUGCAGGAAGUGAUGGAUGCUGUUACAGAGAGCGUUGGCAAUAUUUUCAAAGGAACUACGGACUUGAGCUUCAUUAACCCGGUGGUGAUUGGCAGAAAUGUCUUCGGUGUCUUUAACAAGCUUGUGAGUGGAACAUUCGCACAUCUCCAGGAUGUGUUGUGCUCCACUGCGGACGUGACGCUGGACGCCAUUAAAGACAUCCAGGAAAAAGUCGCAUUCAGCCCCUCCGCGGCGCUCAAGAGGACCGUGGAAAUUGUCGUAGAGCAGUACCACAUGCUGGUCGACGCCAUUUCUGCCUUGCUAAUAGGCGAACAAGGAAUCUUGCCCGAUGUGACCUUUAACCCGAUGAAAGUGAUGGAAGACGCCAUGUUGGAGCUGACGGAAAAGAAGGACGUGUUAGUGGCGUAUUUGUCCGGCAUGAUUGUGGCGGAUCAAGGAGAAUCUGUUGCUUCACCCGCUGUCAGCGUCAUUCCUGAAAAAGUUGAAAGUGUGGCAUCCCACUCUGAGAGACAUAUGGUCAGGCGCAAAGGUGAAUUUCUGCCACCAUAUGUAAAAGUUGCAGAGAUGAUGAUCGCCGCUAAAGACGCAGAAGACGACAAAAAAGCAGCGAAGGAGGCGUCAGCAUCACCGGGAGAGGAGGAAGAGGAGAAGGACGCGGGAAAAGAUGACGGGGAGGAGCAACAGCCCGAGGAAAAAGAUGAUGUUGACAAAGUAACAGAAGAGCAGAUGAAUAAAGAAAGAGAUUUAGAAGAAAUUGUGACAAAAGAGGAGAAGACCAAAAAUGCUCAAGUUCUAUUAGUGGAGGAGGAGUCACGAGAUGAAGAGGAAGAAGAGGACACAACAUUAGAUGAGGAAGACAAUGUGGAGGAGACCACAAAUAAAGGUGAUGAUGAGGAGAAGGAAGCAGGGACAAUUUUAGAUGAUGCGAUGCAAGAUGAAGAGACUACAACAUUAGAGGAGAACACAAUGCUGUUAGUUGAGGAGUCGGCACUAGAUGACGAUGAGGACACCACGACUGAAGAUGACGACGACGAGGAAGUAGAGACAGCAUCUGAAGGGAGGGAGGAGGGAGAAAACACCACCACAAUAAAAGAUGACGAUGAGGAAACAUUAGAUGAGGAGGAGGAAAAUGAGGAGAACACAACUGAGGAUGACUCUAAGGAGGAAGUGGACACAACCAUAGAGGACGAGGUGGAAGAAGACACCACCACAAUUGAAGUUGAGGAGACCACAACUGAAAAUAAAUCUGAGGAAGAUGAGGAGAUCCCAACUGAAAAUAACUGUAAGGAUAAAGAGGAGACAACUGAAGAGGGGGAGGAAGGAGAAGACACCACCACAAUGAAAGAUGACAAUCAGCAGGAAGAGGAGGAAACAACAGACGAGGAGACCACAACUGCAAAUGAUGAGGAAGAAGAAACAUCAGAUGAAGAGGAACACGAGGAGACUACAACUGAAGAAGACAAGGAGGAAGAAGAGGAGAUGACAACUGAAGAAAUGGUAGAAGAAACAACAACUGAAAACGAGGAAGAUGAGGAGACUACAACCGAAGAAGACAAUGAGGAAGAAGAGAUGACAACUAAAGAGGAGGAGGGAGAAGACACCUACACAAUUAAAGAGGACGAUAAUGGGGAGGAAACAACUAAAGACGAGGAGACUACAACUGAAGAGGACAAUGGGGAGGAAGAGGAGAUGACAACUGAAAAGGAGGAGGGAGAAGACACCUACACAAUUAAAAAUGACGAUGAUAGGGAGGAGGAAACAACUGAAGACGAUGAUGAAGAGGAAGAUGAGGACACUACAACUGAAGAAGACAACGAGGAAGAAGAGGAGAUGACAACUGAAGAGGUGGGAGAAGAAACCACCACAAUUAAAGAUGACGAUGAUUAUGAGGAGGAAACGACAACUAAAGACGAGGAAGAUGAGGAGACUACAACUGAAGAAGAGGAGAUGACAACUGAAGAGGAGGAGGGAGAAGACACCUCCACAAUUAAAGAGGACGAUGAUGAGGAGGAGACAACUAAAGACGAGGAGACUACAACUGAAGAGGACAAUGGGGAGGAAGAGGAGAUGACAACUGAAGAGGAGGAGGGAGAAGACACCACCAGAAUUAAAGAUGACCAUGAUGGUGAGGAGGAGGAAACAACAACUGAAGACGCUGAUGAAGAAGAAGAUGAGUACAUAAUAGGACUAGAUCAUCUGGAGGACACCACAACUAAAAACGAUGAGGAAGAGGAGGUCGAAACCACAACUUUAAAACACGGGAAAGAGGACCAAAAGGACGAGACCCUAUUAGAUGGGGAGGAGGAGGAGGAGGAAGAUGUGGGGACAACACUAGAUAUUGGGAUGGAGAGGGAGGAGGAGGCAACAUCACUAGAUGAUGAUAUUGAGGAGGAGGAGACAACUGAAGAUGGGGACAAGGAUGAGGAAGAGGGGGAGGAAGAAGAAAAGGAGACAACAACAGAAGAUGAAGAAAAAGAGGAGCCGACAACAAUAUUAGACGACAAAGAUGAGGAGAAGCAUAAGGAGACAACCAUAACAGCGGAUGAAGAAGAGGAUGAAAAGGAGUCCACACCAAUAUUAGACAGAGAAGAUGAGAAAACAACCAUAACGGCAGAUGAAGAGGAGGAUGAAAAGGAGUCCACAACAAUAUUAGAUGACGAGGAUAAGCAAGAGGAGACAACAACUGUAGAUGAAGAGGAGGAAGCUUUCAUCAAUAAUGAAGUUAAUGUAGAUGAAGAAGAGGUGGAGACUUCAGUGCACCAAGUUGAAAAUAUAUCUGAUGAGAGUAACUACAGCUUAACAUCUGAUGAUGAUGAUGAUGAUAAAGAAACAGUGAGUUUAUCAGCAGCUUAUGACCUAAAUACAAAUAGCGACAGGAAGGAUGACGGCGACGAGAACAACAACAACAGCGACAGUGGGAGCCUGGAGCCUGUAGGAAGAAGGAAAGAUCUCGGCAAACGUGACAAAGUUGUGGAAGAAGCAGAGAAAAGAGAGGCACUCAAAGAAGUUAAAGAUCUUUUAAAAGACGGGAAAAAGGACACAGAACAUGAGGAAUCAGUCAAAAACAAAACAAGAGCAGAAAAGCCAAAAGAUAAGGUCAAACCUACCUUGACUACACUUUUUAAGCAGAAAACGGACAAAUCCAAAGAACAAACCCUGGAGAAGAAGCCACCAAAGGAGCCUCAAGUUAAAGCAAAGUCCAUCAAAGACAAAACAGUUAUUAAAAAGCCUUUUGAGGAGUUCUCCAGAGUUAAGAAGCUGGGAAUUAAGCGAACACCCACAGACGACAGAAAGUAUUCAAAGGAUCUUAGGAAACCUACCAAAGAAGAGAAAAGAGAGAAAGAACCGGACUUUAAAAAUCAAACCAAGAAAGAGGGGGCAAAACCUCUCAAAGAACCUUUUAAGGAGAAUGAAGUCAAGAAAAAUCUGAAAAAAGAGAAAGGAGUAUUGGAAACGCCUAAGGAUAAGGUAGAGGAUAAGGUAAAAGAGGACAAAAAAACACUCAAAUCCAAGAAAGAGGUCAAGAAACCUGACGAAGAUCAACGAAAAACUGAAGAACCACCCAAAGAAAAAGCCAAGAUAAAGGUCGGAAAAUCACUUAAAGAAGAGCGAGAUGUUGAAGAACCACUCAAAGAAGAAGCCAAAGAGGCAAAAAAGAUUAGGAAACCUAACAGAAAACUGAGUCCCACCAAGAAAUUACUUAAAGAAGAAGAAAACAAAUCAUCGAUUGUUAAAAAAGUCAAGAAAAUUUACACAGAAGUUGAGAAAGCUCCGAAAGAGGAUAAUGUCACAAUGCAACAUCCCAAAACAGAAAUCAAAGACAAGAAACCUCUCAAAGUGGGGGAAACAAUCAAGAAAACCGUCAAACCAUCAACACAUGAAAAAGAAGAUCAGAAACUUACUUUGGGAGAAGUCAAGAAAGCGGCGGGAGAAGAGAAAGUCAUGAAAGAACAUCCCAAGGACGAAAAAGAACUCCAGAAACUUGUCAAACCAGAGAGAAAAAUGAAUGGCACGUCUAAAGAAACAAAGAAACCCCAAGAUGACAUAAAAAAAGUCAAGAAAUCUCCCAAAGACGAAAACGAACCCAAGAAACUUGUCAAACCAGAGAGAAAAAUGAAUGUCACGUCUAAAGAAACAAAGAAACCUCAAGAUGACAUUAAAAAAGUCAAGAAAUCUCCCAAAGAUGAGAAGGAAAUCAAGAAACUCGCCAAACCAGAGAGAGAAACAAAUGUGUCGUUAACAGAAACAUCGAGACCAUCAGUAUACCUGAAAGAAGUAAAAAAAUAUCCCAAAGUAAAGAGAGAUGCCAAACGGGAUAUAAUGAUUACAAGACUUUUGAAAGUAGAAGCCAAGGAACUUACAGAAAAGGAGGAGACAGAACCAAAGAAAGCAACCAAAGACAAGAGAGAACAAAAUAAACCUCAUGAGAAAGAGAGUGUCAUCAGAAGCACUUCCAAAGUAGAUGAAGUUCUCAAGAAACCUCAUAUAGAAGACAAAGCAGUAAAUGAAAUUACCAAAGAAAAGGAUGACACCAGGAAACAGCUUAAAGAGGAGAAACAAAAGACAGCACAUAAAAAGGCCCACACUCUGGAGAAGGAGAAAACGCCUCAUGAAGCCCCAUUUCUGGUGAAAGAAGAGAAGAUUUCAGUCAAAGAAAAGAAAAAACCUCUUAAAGAAGAGAAAAUUCAACCUAAAGAAGAAAAUAUUCUAGUCAAAGAAGAGGGGAAACAUCCUACAGAAAAGAUACCAACAAUAGAAGGGGAGAUCCAACCUAAAGAGGAGAAGAUUCAACCCAAAGAAGAGAAGACACAUUCUAAGGAGAAGAUUCAAUCCAAACAGGAGAAGAAAGCUCCUAAAGAAGAGAAGAAACCUUCUAAGGAGAAGAUUCAAUCCAAACAGGAGAAGAAAGCUCCUAAAGAAGAGAAGAAACCUCCUAAAGAGGUGAAAAUUCAACCCAAAGAAGAAAGACCUCUUAAAGAGGAAAAAACCCAAUCUAACGAACAGAAGAGAAAGACUCCAGUCAAAGAAAAGACUAUCCCAUCCAAACAGGAGAUGAAACCACAUCAAGAAGAGAAACCUCUUAAAGAAGAGAAGAUUCAACCUAAAGAAGAAAAUAUUCUAGUCAAAGAAGAGGGGAAGCAUCCUAAAGAAAAGAUACCACCAAAAGAAGAGGAGAUCCAACCUAAAGAAGAAAAGAUUCAACCCAAAGAAGAGAAGAAACCUUCCAACGUGAAGCUUCAGUCCAAACAGAAGAUAAAAUCUCCUAAAGAAGAGAAGAAACCUAAAGAGGUGAAAAUUCAACCCAAAGAAGAGAGACCUCUUAAAGAGGAAAAAAUGCAAUCUAACCGACAGGAGAGGAGUCCAAUCAAAGAGAAGAUGAUCCCAUCCAAAGACGAGAUGAAACCACAUCAAGAAGAGAAACCUCUUAAAGAAGAAAAGAAGAUUACAUCCAAAGACAAAGAGGUUACAAAGGCGCCCAAAGAAGAUAAAGACCAAAAGAAACUCCCCAAAGAAGAGGGGGAAGAUAAAGUAGUGGAGAAGAAAACUUCCAUCAAGAAAGUAAAAAUGAUCACAAAACCAAUAAAAGAUGCUGCAGAAUUAAGAAGACCAUCUAAAGAAGUCAGACAGCCCUUGAGAGAGAAGAUAGUGACAGAAUCUUCCAAACACGAGAAGAAAGACAAAGAAAACGAAGCACCUGAUCAGAAGACACCCACAGAGGAGAAGGAAACCCCCAAGAAGCUUUCAAUGGAAGAAACCACACAUGAAGCAAAGACAGUAUCAUCAAAGACAGUAUCAUCAAAGAUCCCCAAAGAAGUUGCUGAACCCGUUAAAUCUUUCAGGACUCAUGGACUUGUCAAAAUGCAUCUCCAAAAGGAGAAGGAAAAACUAGCUGAUAUUGCUUCAAAAGUACAGCCUGAAGAAACAUCAGAGAAGACCAUAGGCAAAAAAGGACUGAAGAUACUCAAAGAAAGAAAACAACCAGAAACAGACGAAAAGAGAGAGAUAAUUUCCAAAGGACUGCAGAAGAUAAUCAAACAAGAAUCAAAGGAACCCUUAAAGAAAGAAAAGCAUGUUUUAAAACAAUCUAAGAAGGACGGAAAAGACAGUGAACAGAAGAAGCUGUCCGGGGUGGUCUCUGAAGAAGUGAAAGUGAUCGCCAAAGAGAAAACUAGGACCAUAGUCAAAGAAGUAAAAGAGGACAGGAAGACUUCAACGGAAGAAGAUUUGAAGACAGCCACGAGAACCACAAAGACUGAGAAGACCAGAAUGUCCAUCAGGACGAAGGAACAUGUUAAUACUACAAAAACUGCUGAUGUGCCCAAGAGACCUUUAAGUUUGGUGAGGGUCACCAAAAAGCAGAUAGCCCCCAUCUUGAAAAAGGAACAAAAGAAUGCAACCAAAAUAGAGGCCCCACAGGUUUCUAAGGUGACGGCCAAACCAGAAGCUGCAAAGAAAGUUGUGCCAAAAGAAAAAGUUACAGCAGCUCCUGCCAAUAAAGCGGCUCCGGAGAAAAAGGUCAAACCGGUCUUAAGGAAAAAAGUAUUGACAGAACAAGAGAGUCCUGCAAGGAACGCCUCCCUGCUGAAGGAGAGAGCCAAAAUAGUGCCAAUGAAGAAAGCUGCAGUUGUCACAAGACCCGUAAAGAAAGUCACGGACGUUACUCCUAAGACUCCUGCUGAGGCAGUCACAGUCAAGGGAAAAGCAGUUGUGCCAAGAAAAGAUGGAGUGGCCGCACAUAAAAAUGCUUCUCUGACCAAAGAGAAGGUGAAAGUGGUGCAACUGAAGAAAGAACCACACGCUGCAAAGGAAAAGGUCAAAGCAGCUGAUGAAAAGAAAGUGUCCUCUGAAGCCGAAGCUGACACAAAGAGGGGAAAGGCCACAUCUCUUCUAAAAACUAAAAUGCAAGAACCCUCAAAAGAAAAUAUCAAGCCUGCAGCAGUGAAAAAAGAUAUUGAGCUUGCAAAGGAGGCAAAAGUAGCAAAGGAAGAGGCUAAGCGUGCGAAAGAAGUCAAGGCAGAAAAGAAAGCAGAGGCUGAUCUUGCAAAGGAGGCCAAAACAGCUGCAGCAAAAAAAGAAUGUUUGUUCUUUUUUGACAAAACAGAGGUGACGAAGGCAACCAAAGACGAAAAAUCGAAAGAAGCCAGAGUUCUUAAAGAGAUACAGGAGCCGGUGAAAAAAAAUAAAUCCGCAAAAGAGGAGCAGGCAAAAGUCGACUCGGAGGAAUUUCUGACGGAGGACGAGCUGCCCUACUUCCAGUGUUUCUUCGUGGACGAGGACGAGGCCCAGUUUCCCUUUUACGCCUUUUCGCCUCUGCAGAUUUAAAAGUGGACGAUGAGAAGGCCAACGCCCCGCAGGAUUGUGGGCCAUUUGCAAUGUGUUUAUGAUUUCAGGUUUGGUUGAGCUCUCGUAGUCCAAAUAUGUACAACCAACGUCAUUCCUUUUUUACGGUUUUGUUUUAAAUUAUUUUUAAUGACUAUAAUUGUAUUUGAUCUUCACUCAAUUGUAUUUAUAUUUGAAUUUAAAUUGAUUUAUUCAUUCUGUACUCCUAUUUUCACAUCAAAUAUAUUGUAGUUCCACAAAACUGCCUCAGAGCACACAUGGCAUCUGUAAAGCUGAAGUUUAAGUUACCUGGCCUUUAUUGGAGAAAAUACAGCAUUUGAUGUUUUUUCCCGUCUUCAUCUUAAUUUUUGUUUUAUUUUCACCCAAAAACACGUAUUUAAACAACAGUUAGUCACACACACACACACACACACAUACAUACACACACGCUAUCACUUUUGUUACUUUACCGUCAUAAGGAAUGACUGUACAUGUACUAUGUAGUAUUUGAGAGCUCCCAAAUAUGAUGGAAAAAAGAACUACCUAGAAACAUUGGCAUUUAAUGUCUUAAUAAAAUCCAGACGCCAAUGUUAAUGACGGCGACUAACUAAAAAUAAACUAUUUUUAGUUAAGUUCCUAACGAAAUAGACCAACUAUGCACUACUGAUAUAUGUUACAAUAACAUCUAAUAAAAAGAUAUGUGAAAUACAUUUAUAUAGCGCUUUUCUCAAGUGACUCAAAGCGCUUUACAUAUCUAAGUUACAUUUAAACCAGUGUGGGUGGCACUGGGAGCAGGUGGGUAAAGUGUCUUGCCCAAGGACACAACGGCAGUAACUAGGAUGGCACAAGCGGGAAUCGAACCUGCAACCCUCAAGUUGCUGGCACGGCCACUCUACCAACCGAGCUAUGCCGCCCCAAUCAAUACUUGAUGAGCGCCGCACAGUUCUGAAUUUCAUUCAGAUUUGCCUUCUUUGAGGCAAGCAUCAGAAAUGAGGCCUGAAUACGGACAAAGACGCGUUGAAUACAUUUUACUGUCACCGCAUGUCAUACGAUGGCACUCCAGCUGUGUUUUUGUGACGGCGGUGCAUUGUUUGUCCCAAGCCAGACCGCACCAGCUAUUGUUUAUGAAGCUUUUCUAUUGUAGUUCCGACUGCUACUGAAUGGAUGACAGUUGAUGUUAAUCCUAAAUUGACACACACAUACUGUAAAUCCACUUAUGUAUUUUUUGGAAGUAAAAAAAAACAAACAAGCGGGACACAUUUUGUGUAAACGAAGCACUCAAGCAGGCUCAGGCUUGUAUGGGUUUUUUCCAGAGGAAUACUAGUGCACACUUUGCACUUACUGUAUGACAGAAAAUGAAGGUAUUUCAUUAAAUGUGUUUAUAUUGUUUGAAAUCUGCAUGUGUGUUUAUUUAUGCUCUAAAAAUGACAAAGUGUAGAAAACAAAGUGAUUGUAAAUAGAACAAUACUGUUGAUAAUAUUUGACAUUGUGCUUGUAUUUGACAUUAAAAAAUGAGCCGUGCAA